CUCCCCCGCUCGGCUUUCUCACAGCUUUUCCCUCUGCUUCCUGUUCUCAACCACCAUCAUCACUACGAUGUGGGGCACUUCAGAACCUUCUUUACUUCGCUCGGACGACCCAUUCGAUGAGGCUCUCAGGCCACCGCCAGACGAAACGCCAGAGCAAGCCGCCAUUCGUCUUCAGCGGGAAGAAGAAGCGAGGCAAAUCAGUCUGGCGAUUGAUGCCAGUAUCAAGGCAGAACGUCAGGUACGAAAAAAGAAGAGAAUAGUGAGGCUAUUGUUACUGGGUCAGAGUGAAUCAGGCAAAUCUACUACACUAAGACAAUUUCAACGCCUUUACACACCUACCGCUUUUCGAGAAGAACGAAUACUUUGGCGUGCGGUCAUCCAGCUCAAUAUCAUCCGUUCGAUACGCAUAAUUUUGGACGCGAUAUCCCUUCCUACAUUUCCUCAUAUGUCUCCGGGUACCUCUCCGAAACUACAUAAGCGCGACGGCUCGUACCGACGUGAACGUCGACAUUCUAAUGGAACUACUAUGUUCCCAAUGAAUGGAGAGACGACCGGACCCUCUGGGUCAUAUCGGAAUGAUAACGGUUACGCAAAUGGCUACUACCACGCAGAAUUCGUUGAAUCAGACGGCGAAUCAGACCACGGUGGUCGGUCAGAUCAUUCUUCAGUGACGCUUUACUCUUCGCCAUUGGAAGGGUUGAAGUUGAGGCUGUUACCUAUAAAACAUAUGGAAGCUCUCCUUGUCGCCAAACUUGUUCCGCCGAACGAAGACGAGGCCACACAACUUCCUGUGCCAUCUCAUCCAGUACGACAACCCCCCCUGGCGUACAGAACCCAGGAGGUAUUCGUGCGACCAGGAGCUGGAUGGAAGGGUGCUCUUUCUAGAGCUCGCGUUGAUUCUUCCAGCGCGAGCCUUGAAGGAAGCGAUGAGGAUCAUUUAAGAAUCGGGCGGCCUAGCAGCGCUGGUGACGCAGGGUUGGAGAAUGCAGAUGAGCCCCAACAAGUGCUCUACCAAUGUCGGAGAGACAUCAUGGCUCUUUGGAAUGACGAAACUGUGCGGACGAUUCUAGCUCGGAGGAAGAUACGUCUAGAGGAAUUCCCUGGAUUUUUCUUAAACGAUCUAGAACGCGUGACAUCUCUCAAGUACACGCCUACUGAAGACGAUGUGCUCAAGGCUCGCCUAAAAACCGUUGGUGUGUGCGAGUACAAAUUUGAAAUGGAAAUCCGCCCAGGAAGAGACACUCCAUCAGAAUGGAGAAUAGUUGAUGUCGGUGGAAGCAGGUCUCAGGUAGAAUCCUGGGUCCCCUUUUUCGAUGACGUUGAUGCUAUCAUCUUUUUGGCCCCCAUAUCAGGGUUUGACCAGGUUCUCGCUGAGGACCGUACAGUCAACCGUCUCGAAGACUCUGUUCUGCUAUGGAGGGCUGUUUGUUCGAACAAGCUCCUGACCAACGUCGACCUAGUACUGUUCCUGAAUAAGUGCGACAUACUGGAGCAUAAGUUGAAAUCAGGCAUCAAAGUGUCGAAGUAUAUCAGAACUUACGGAGACCGCCCCAAUGAUGUCGACAACGUCAGCAAAUACCUUCGCAGCAAAUUCAGCGCUAUCCAUCGAGAAUAUUCUCCAAGUCCGAGGAAGUUCUACGCAUUCUGUACUUCCGUAACUGACACGGCCACGACUGCUGGAAUAAUAGCGAGCGUUCGGGACAUGGUCAUCCGACAACAUCUCAAGCAAUCGAAACUACUCUCAUGACGACUCACUUGUACCGCCAAUCUACCAUCUGGUAUCUUCUAUGUUUAUCCUGAACAAUCUCGAUCUCAAUCUGUAGCAAAGCAUCAUACACCCGCUCACAUUCCUUUCUUCUCAUCUAAAGUCAUUGUAUCACCACUUUUUGCAUCUCCCCUCUUCACCUCUCACUGUUAUUUUUUCGCUCUAUCUUCUUUGUCAUCCUCCGUUCCAGCUUCUCAUGCCAUACCUUCCCUUUUCAAUUAUCUCCCGCGCUCGCACAACGCAAUCUAUCAUCCAUGCUGUGUUUUAUUCACUUAGACAUGCUCUGUUACUCGUUAGCUACCUUCCCUCCGUGUGUUUCCUCUCAUCAUUAUUUCCUAUCAUGAUAGUUUUAUGCUCAUAUUCACGAUUUUCACGUUCAUUGUUCACGAUACCUAAACGGUUGCUGCUCUACUUUCUACAUACAAUCUCUCUCUUCCUCUUCAUAUUGGCAUUACAGAAUAACGAGGAUUGCGGGUACGUAUACCCUGCCCCCGUUAAAUAUUCUUUUUUUUUUCGCUUAAAAACCCUUCUAUCAUCGGGUCACUGUAUAUAUAUGUCCACAUUUCAUAUGUAAUCAAUCUGUGUAUAGUGGAGGUACACGAUCCAUGUAGUUUGCCUUGCUCA